AUGCCAGAAGGAGAUGACGUUCCAGAAAUAACAACAAAUAGAUGUUCUAUGCCAGUAGAAGAAGCACUUCAAGAAGUCCUGAAAAAAGCAUUAGUUCAUGAUGGACUUGCUCGUGGACUUCGAGAGGCUGUUAAAGCACUUGACAGACGCCAAGCACAUUUAUGUAUUCUUUCUGAGUCAUGUGAUGAAGAAGCGUAUACAAAGCUUGUAGAGGCACUUUGUGCGGAGCAUAAUAUCAACCUUAUCAAGGUAGCAGACUCUAAGAAGCUCGGGGAAUGGGCAGGAUUAUGUACUUUAGACCGAGAAGGAAAUGCUCGGAAAGUUGUCCGAUGUUCAUGUGUAGUCAUACGUGACUAUGGGGAGGAAUCAGAAGCUUUAAAUGUUCUAUUAGAUUACUUUAAAAAUCAAUAA